AUGAGCUUGAAAGAAGUAUUCGAACAACAUCCAUGGAGGUCAUUUAAGAAGUUCAAUGAAGCUGCAAAGAGUUGGGGAUUUACUAACAGAGCUGAAGUGAAAAGGUUCUUUGACAAAAAUGUUGUACAUCAAACAAAAAUAAACCCUUACGACUACUUUUUACCAAUUUACUCCAACACUCCUGACGCAUACCAAUUUGACACUCUCAUUCAAAGCAGAAAAGGAGGACAUAAACCAUUCCUCAUCUUCAUUAAUGUUAACACUCGUAAAGCAUAUGCAUAUCCAAUGAAAAAUAAAGGAACUCGUGAAGUGUUAAGAGUUUUACAAAAGUUUGUAGCAGAACAUAGCCCAAGUACUUUAACAUCAGACCAAGACAGUGCAUACCUCAGUAAUGAAAUCACAGAAUUUCUCAUUAAGCAUAACAUAACUCACUACACUACUGAAGACCAUAACCAUAACAUACUCGGCAUCAUAAACCGCUUCAUAAGAACGCUCAGAGAUUUAAACCAAGAGCGAGACUUUACCGAAGAAACAAUGAAACACUUUCUCGAAGUAUAUAAUUCCUCAACACAUUCUA